CUGCAAAAGAAGGGGUCAUACUGAAGACAGAUGCUUUCACAAGCAUGGUUGGCCCUCAUCUGGAAACUCCAAGGCCACCACCAAUUCAACCCAAAUGAGGAUUCAAGCUCCUGCCUUCAUUAGCCCCACUGCAGCUUCUUCCAGCUCUGCCAAUCCUGAAGACUAUGACAGAUUCAUGGCUAUGCUCAAAGAGAAAUAUUCACAGAAGCACACUUCCCAUACAACAGCUGCUUUCCAUUCCUAUGAGGGGCCCUCAGGUAAACAUUCUCUAAAUGCAUCUGGUAGAUCACCUUCCAGCACCAUCUGGAUACUAGAUACUGGUGCCUCAAACCACAUUGUUUGCUCACUCAGUCUACUAGAAAAUCCCAGCAAUCUGCAUAAUGUCUUCAUCAAUUUACCUACUAGUGCUAAAGUUCAAGCUACCCAUAUUGGUAGUGUUACAUCAAUGGCAGAUCUCACACUUGAAGCAGUUAUUUUUGUCCACCAAUUCACAUUCAACCUCAUAUCAGUUAGCAAGUUAACCACAAACAAAUCUUUGUGCUUAACUUUCUUUUCUGAUCUCUACAUAAUACAAGAUAUGGAGCUCAGGAGAAUAACUGAUUCUACUGAGAUUCUCAUGGCCUCUACCACAUGACCCAUCUAGGAGCAACCAGUAACCCUAAGCCUGUCAUAGCCUCUACUACUACUGCAAAUAGCUUUGACAUAUUAGAUUAGGCCAUGUCUCUCACUUUAAGAUUCCGAAGUUGAAACAGAUAUGUAACUCCAUAGAUACAAACAACUCCAUACCUUGUGAUGUUUGCCACUUUGCUAAGCAAAUGAGGCUUCCUUUUCCAGACAGUUCAACUGUUUCUACUCAACCUUUUUCCUAGGGUUGGAUUUUGGUUUUUUCGGUUAUAUCCGGUAACCGAACAGUCGGUUACCGGUUAACUGAGACGCAUGGAAAUGCUACCGCCAAUCGAUCAACAGCCUUCCUCGAUUAUCCGACCACCGACCGGUCGGUUACCGGUUAGUUGGUUGGUUAACCGAGCAAACCGCACAACACAGACCAUGACAAUCCUAAACGACAAGUGUGUGUCUCAAAUGAAAACCCAAAUCCCCAUUUCAACAUCAACAAUGAACUGAUGAAGUAUCAAAAAUGGAAAAAAAUAGGUUAAAAACUUGCAUAAUUUGGCUCUACAGUAGCAGCCAACAGGGGCGCUAUUCGAGGAGGGAUAUGGCGCUGCAGGCCUGCAGGGGCAUUGUUCGCCGGGAAGGGCGGCGGCAGAGCUCUCGACGGGGGUGGGGUCGCACAGAGACAAUGACGCACGAGAGGAGGAGGACUGCAAGGCUGCGAGCAGAGGAUGUCGAGGCGAUGGACGAUGGUGGCGCUGAGGCGAGGUCGCGCAGCAAAGAAGGGGGCUGGCGGCAGCGACGUUGUUUUCCGGCGUCUCUGGUUCUUUGCUUCGCAGAGCGGCAGAGGAGAGAACGAGAUGGGUGGGAACUGGGAAGGAUUCGCGAAGUCGAAGCAGCCAGCAAGGGCGGCCGGGCGGGUCUGGUGGUCUGGAUUAGGUUAGGGUUAGGAACUUAAGAAGGGUGGGCGGCGGCGUUUUGGGGGGUAAAACGCGGAGGGGGUUUUUGUUUCGGUUAGCCGGUUAACCGGUCAACCGACACAGUAAAAGCCUCAUCCGACAACCGCCCGACACGUUGGAUUUUUGGUUAACCGGCUAACCGAUGGUAAUCGGUUUAACCGACGGUUAACCAGCAACCGAUAACCGAAUGGCCAUCCCUACUUUUUACUUAAUGCAUGUUGACAUUUGGGGACCCAACUCUUCUCCUACUUUUGAUGUUUAUAAAUAUUUUUUACCAUAAUAGAUGAUUUCAGAAGAAUGACCUGGCUUGUUCUACUUCAUUCCGAAUUAGAAGUAGGUCCUAGACUACAGGAAUUCUGCCUACUUGCUAAAAAAAUAGUUUGAUCAUUCUGUCAAAAAAAUCAGGAGUGAUCAGGGUAAAGAGUUCCUUAUGACAAAUUUCUUUGCUUCCACUGGCAUCAUUCAUGAGAUGUCAUGCGUUGAAACCCCACAACAAAACAGUAAGGUCGAAAGAAAACAUCAACAUAUAUUGGCCAUUGCCAGAGCUCUAAAGUUUCAGUCCAACUUACCUAUAGGAUUCUGGGGUGAGUGUGUUAAGCAUGCUGUAUUUUUUAGUCAACAGAGUCCCCACAACAAUUCUAGGAGACAUCACACCCUAUCAACAGCUUCAUCAAACGCCACCUUAUCUGAAAGACCUCAAAGUCUUUGAGUGUCUUUGUUUUUGCCUCCACCCUAAGCAACCAUAGAACAAAGUUCCAGGCCAGAG